AUGGCAGUGAGGCAGCAACCGGCAGUGCGAGUAGACGGCAACAAGAAGGAUAAGGAUAACGAUGAGGAAAACAGUCCGGACGCCAGAGACGAGAAAGAGGCGUCAAUGCGACAGCAGGCGCGUUCCAUUUGGGAGUCGGCCAGUCGACCGCUGUUUGUGCGCUCCGUUUGGCUGGAGAGGAUCGGGGAGAAGGGCCGCAGCCACCGACGACACUUUAUACUGGAUUAUGAGCCACGUGAGCGACAGAGGUGGAUUCAGUGCCAACGGCAGAGUGCGAGGCGAGGGUGCAUCAAUCAUCAGAUCGACUCCUGUGAAUUAUACGAUCAGUCAACGACACUCGACGAUAGUUGCGAUUAUACCUUGGAUGAAUAUUUACUUUUGGACGCAACGAAACUGACACUGCAGCGUCAACAGCAAGCUGGCCAAGGGCCAGGAGGAAUGGCUAACAAGAUGCAGAAUGGAUUCUCGAACUUUAGUGGGCGGCAGAGCAGUCGUCAUGCCAAGCGACGUGCCUGGCUGCUGAGUAGCGGCAAGAGCUAUCAGUUGGAUCAUCUGACGGAUUAUCACUCGCACUCAAGACGCAGUUCACUGCAGGAUGCACCAGCCACAAGCACGCACAUUGCCAAUCCGGAGGAGCGUCUGGCGGAGCGUGUUCUCAAUUGGCUGGACUUGGCGGGACGGGCGGACAUUGUAAAGGCAGCGACGCCGUUGCAAGUUAAUAGCAACAGCUCAAUUCUGCCCCGAAGCAGCCAGCGGAGUAAUCGACUUAACCAGCGUGGCAUGAGCUUUAAACGCAUUUCCACGGCAGCUUCGGCACAGCGAGUGGUGCCCAGAAAGCCCGCAACCAAGCAGCCACCUGCACUGCCGUCGCCUGCUCUUAAUUACCGCUCCAAUUCCUCCAAUGCCAAGCCCAUUACCAUCAUCUUCAACAAGGAGGGUGUUCCCGUGCGCCUCAAUCGUCCGGCGCGCAAUAUUGAUCUCUGUGCGCUGAGCAACAGUGCCAGCACCACACGUCGCUUGGCCGGACAUUUAGCCUCGGCCAGGUUAUAUAAUGGUCAGACUGCCACGCCCACAACAACGGAGGAAACACGAACGCCCCCGUCGAGUAGUCGUGGAUUGAAUGCAACACAACUGGACAGCCGCAAACAGUUGCACAUCUUCAUGCCAAGCUUGCCCAAAAAGGGUUUGCUCCUGGCAACAACAACGAGCUCCGAAGAUGUCCUUAGCGCCAGUUUCAGUGAUUUGUGCUUUUAAACAGUCGAAUUUAUAAAGAUCAUUUAAAUAUUUUUAUCACUUUUG